AUGGCCACAUCCACCCUGUCCGUCUGCUCCAGCGACCGGAGCUAUGGCAGCCGGGCCUGCCUGCCCGGGUCCUAUGAUUCUUGCACGGACUCCUCCUGGCAGGUGGACGACUGUCCAGAGAGCUGCUGUGAGCCCUCCUGCUGCUCCACCUGUUGCUGUGAGCCCUCCUGCUGCGCCCCCACCUGCUGUCAGCCCACCUGCUGUGGCCCUAGCUGUUGCCAACCUUCAUGCUGCACCCCCAGCUGUUGUACUCUGACCCUUGUCUGUGCCCCAGUGAGCUGUGUGUCCAGCCCCUGCCAGUCAACCUGCACCAGCUCCUGCACACCCUCAUGCUGCCAGCAGUCUAGCUGCCUGCCCUCCUGCUGCACCUCCUCCUCCUGCCAGCAGGCCUGCUGUUUGCCCGCCUGCUGCACACCUGUCUGCUGCACACCCGUCUGCUGCACACCCGUCUGCUGCAAGCCUGUCUGUUCUUGGGUCACCCCCUGCCCAGCCCCUUCGAGCUGCUGCAGACCCUCCUCCUGUGUGUCCCUCAUCUGCCGCCCCAUGUGCAGGCCUGCCUGCUGCGUGCCCGCCUCCUCCUGCUGUGGCCCUGCCUCCUCCUGCCAGCCCAGCUGCUGCCGCCCGUCCUCCUGCAUGUCCCUGCUCUGCCGCCCCGUGUGCUCCCGCCCGGCCUGCUGCGUCCCCACCUCGGCCCAGACGUCCUGCUGCUGA